AUACAGGAGCGACACAUGGACAAGCAAAAUGUCGCACAAAACGUCUUCAUUGCUGCCACCCGAUGCGGAGCACCUGCGGAGAAGAUCCGCGGCGGAUCCAGAGAACUCCGUAGAUCCUGAACAGCCUCACCGGUUUCCGCGGCGACACCGCCCAACCGAUUUGCCCCGUGUCGACCCCCACCACCCGGAGCCCGGCGCGGCGGAGACGCCCUCCCCAGCUGCUUCUGCCCACCACUUCUGCCACUACACACCGAAAUGUUUCCUCACCGUACAGAAAGGAGGAUUCGGCACCCCCCAAUCUGUCUCCUCUCGCUGUGAGGAGGAGGUUUGGCAUGAAGGCACCAUAAAGACCACGAUCCGGGCUGACAAUGAGGUGGAGGCACACAGGGAGGCCAACAACUACAAGUUUGGCUUCAGGAAGUGGAAAGGCAACGUAACGGAGAAGCCCAUUGAAGACCAAUCUGACAUCAUCCAAGAGCUCCACUCGGAUCUCAGUAUUGUCAAGCCUCAAGAAGGCUCAGUGGCCACCUUUGGGAACGUUGUUUAUGUCAUUUUAUUUGGAUGGUGGAUAUCUUUAAUCUACCUGCUAAUUUGUCCAGUAAUGUUUCUAACGAUCCUCGGAGCUCCCUACGGCAAACUUUGUUUAAAGAUGGCGUGGUACUUUAUUUGGCCAUUUGGGAAAUCGAUAGAGAAGGCCGCGGAUGUAGUUAAGAAAUCUUCGGCGACGCUUCCAAAGUUUGAGGUAGUUCCUGCAGAAGGUGCAGACGGUACGGAGAAGGACUCGGCGCCCCUCUUGAUGUCCACCCCAAUCCCCGUUAGGAUCACUGUCCCUGAACCACCAGCUCAAAAACCGUCAAAACACUGGUGUCGCGUCAGCACUUAUGUUUGGCUGUUGCUGGGCUUCCCCGUCCUGGCCGUGGUCCACUCCCUGGCCUGCGUGCUCUCCUGGCUGCCGGUCUUCAGCAUACCUGUGGCCAAGAUGAACGCUCGAGCGCUGACCAUUGCCCUCUUCAUGGAACCGGAGGACAUUCACAUCCACAGGCUGGACGGGGCAUUUGAGUGCGAGUCCAGAGUCACUUUGUGCUGCUAUCAUGCGUUCAACGUGUACUACUACAAAUACACUGUCCAAGGAAUCAACAUUUUCGCUCUCAACCUGCUUCCCCUGGUAUUCAUCACGAUCAUCUUUGGCUAUACUGACCGUGAGCACGAUUUAUGCAGUUCAGAGGCCAAGUUCGCCACAGCCAUCACUUCCAUCAUUCCUCUGUCCUAUUACAUUGGCAUGGGUAUAGCCAGUAUUUCUGCACAGAGCAACUUCGCGGUGGGCGCCGUGGUGAACGCGACGUUUGGCUCCAUUUCGGAGAUGACCUUCUACAUCACGGCACUGCUGCACGGCUACCACACGGGCACCAAGUGCUACGAGGAGAUCGUUAAAGCGGCGCUCACCGGGACCUUGCUGGGAUGUAUACUGUUCGUGCCCGGUAUCUGUAUGAAUGGGGGCCUCAAACACAGCGAGCAACGAUUCAACAGCCGGUCGGCCGGAGUGAGCUCCGCUUUGCUCUUCAUAUCCGUUGGAGGUGUGUUUGCCCCCACCAUCUUCUCGAAGACCUUCGGUAAGCUGGUGUGUGAAAGCUGCACCAACAUCCCGGGCAACGGCAGCGUGCCCUUCGUCUGCAAAGACUGUCACUACGACACGAGUCAAGCUGUCCCGCAACUGGUUAUGUCCCAUAUUGAGCCCCUGGUGUACACAAUCUCUGUGCUGCUGCCUGCCGCAUACCUCAUCGGCCUCAUCUUCACACUGAAAACCCACUCCCACAUCUACGAUAUCCAUAUCAGCGAUGGUCCCGGGGGCCAUGCACACGGCGGUCAGCAUGCACACGAGGGCGCCGCCGGCGAGCGGCCCACGGGUGAGGUCACCACUGGCUGCCGCCACGGAGCCAACGCGUGUAUCAACACCGCCAUGGCUUCCACCGGCCACGUAGCAGCAGGUUAUCACGUAGUCCACUGGUCCCGGCUGAGGGCGCUUGGUGUGCUGAUUGCUGCCACAAUUUUGAUGGCCUGCUGCGCUGACCUCUGCACACAGAACAUAGAGCCCAUCCUGGCCCAUUCCUACAUCUCCCAGUACUUCAUCAGUGUCACAGUGUUGGCCAUGGUGCCAGAGCUUCCUGAGAUUGUCAAUGGGAUCCAAUUUGCACUGCAGAACAACAUCAGCCUGAGCCUUGAAGUGGGCAGUUGCAUUGCUGUGCAGGUCUGCAUGAUUCAGAUCCCGCUGCUCGUACUCUUCAAUGCCUUCUAUGAUGUCGGAUUCGUGCUUGUGUUCAGCGACAUUCAUCUCUGGGCGAGCAUCUUCAGUGUCAUUCUGGUCAAUUACAUCUUCAUGGAUGGAAAAUGUGACUACUUUCAGGGCACUGCUCUAGUGGUGGUCUACCUCAUCCUUUUGGCGCUCUACUUCUUCGCUCCCUCUCCACCCUCUUGCUGAUCUGCUUGCCAGGAACUAUCCUAAUGCUCAUCUUCAGGUUCUGCGGAUUAAGUGGCACGAAAAAUGGAAGUUGACAGAGUUGUAGGUUUAUAGGGGUUUGAUUCUUGUCAAUAUGUGAUACUGACUAUUGGUGUUUUGCACGCUAGAACAUGUUCAAAAAUAUGUGAUGCACUUGUUUUGCUUUUGCAUUUAAAUGUAAGUUGGUGGUAUUCAUUCUUUUGCUUCUGAUAUAUCAGAAUAGGUGGAUUAUACAGGACAUAAUACAUGUAACCAUUAAACUCUAAACAAAAUAAGGCCACUCUCUCAACCGGUUCUUCUCCACUUACAUAGUUUUGUUUUCCUUUUAACUCUUUUAUAAAGAUUUUCUGUCAAUUCUAUUGGAUUCUCAUUUGUUAG